CUUAUACCUCCUUUUUUUCUCGACCCUUUAUCUCCUACAUUCCUGUGGUUUGAUAAACUCUUUAACGUGCUCUAUCUUGAAGCUGUAGGUGGUUCAUUCGGUGCGACAGUGGCGCCCUCGGUAUCUUAUCAUCCUUGUAACAAUCGCCGCCACCUAAGCAACUUGACGUUAACAAGGUCGUCGUAUCUCCGUCGGCAACUCUGCUCAAUUCUUUCUUUUGUUUUCUUUCUCCUAAUUUCUUGAGCUUCUACUUUUUGCGCGAUUAGUCUGCCGUCUAGGCAAGGCUCUUAUAAAAUGAAUUCGGCUACAGCGACGAGUAUAGAAACCUCGAAUGGUUCGGCCUCUGUCUCCCGGCGCAGCGGCCACGACGUCACACAGAACAAACCCAACAAUCGCACCAACGGAAACGGUAACGGAACUGCCACGACGACAACCCCAAAGAAGCCUGGCCAGAAGUACAGGCACGUCGCUGCGGUCCACAAACAGACGAGGCCUUCAUGUCUGAGUCACGAUUCCGAUGCUGCUCCAAGCUUUAUUGGGUUCCGUAACCUCAUGGUCAUUGUGCUUGUUGUUGGAAACUUGCGAUUGAUGCUUGAGAACAUCCAAAAGUAUGGAGUACUGAUCUGCGUGAGGUGUCAUGAUUACAGCCGUCAAGAUAUUUACUUGGGUCUACUCCUUUACUUCCUCAUCCCAUGCCAUCUCCUCGCCGCCUACUUGAUUGAGCUGGCUGCUGCUCAGCAGGCUCGAGGAUCUCUCAAGCGUGUCAAUGAUUCACCUUCUGGUGGCCCCUCAGAGCAGGAGCGCAAGAGGUUUCAUAAGACCUGGGUUGUUGUCGCAUGGGCUCACCUUUUCAACAUUACUCUUGCCCUUGUUCUCACCACUUGGGUCGUAUACUUCAAGAUCCACCAUCCUCUCAUUGGUACCUUGACCGAGAUGCAUGCCAUUGCUGUUUGGCUCAAGACUGCAUCAUAUGCCUUCACCAACCGUGACUUGAGGCAUGCCUACCUGCAUCCUGUGGAAGGAGAACGCGAACUGGUGCCUGAGCUGUACACGCAAUGCCCGUAUCCCCAGAACAUCACCUUCAGCAACCUGGUAUACUUCUGGUGGGCACCCACACUCGUAUACCAGCCCGUGUAUCCUCGCACAGACAAAAUCAGAUGGGUCUUUGUGGCCAAGCGAGUUGGAGAAAUUUUCGGCCUCAGUGUGUUCAUGUGGGUUGCGAGUGCUCAGUAUGCUGCACCUGUCCUUCGAAACUCGCUCGACAAGAUUGCCUCCCUUGACCUCAUGUCUAUUCUGGAACGGCUACUUAAACUUUCGACCAUUUCCCUAGUCAUCUGGCUUGCCGGUUUCUUCGCACUCUUCCAGUCGUUCCUUAACGCCCUAGCCGAGGUUUUGAGGUUUGGCGACAGGUCAUUCUAUGACGAUUGGUGGAACAGCGAGAGCUUAGGAGCAUACUGGCGCACGUGGAACAAGCCUGUUUACACGUAUUUCAAGCGUCAUCUGUACAUGCCCAUGAUCGGGCGUGGUUGGAGUCCUCAAGCUGCCAGCUUUGUAGUCUUCUUGGUAUCGGCUAUUCUUCACGAGAUCCUUGUCGGUGUCCCUACACAUAACAUUAUUGGCGUUGCUUUCCUGGGCAUGUUCCUUCAACUGCCACUUAUUGCAUUGACCAAGCCUCUUGAAAACAUGAAGCUUGGGCACACUGGCAAAAUAGUCGGUAACACUAUUUUUUGGGUAUCAUUCACCAUAUUUGGACAACCCUUUGCAGCACUGAUGUACUUCUACGCCUGGCAAGCAAAGUAUGGAAGUGUCAGCAAACAGAUGACGACAGUAUCGAGUUAAAGUGCCUUGGCUACGGACAAAGUUUCUGGAUACUGUUUGGUAUUGCUCAGCUAGCAUAUUUACCGUAUUGGCCCGAUAGAUAUUUGAUAAAUUAUUAUUAAGAAGUCGUUCGCCUAUCUUCGUAUAAACUAGAUUUUACCAUCUUGAAGACUGGCAUUAGG